AUGCUGUAUUUAUUCACUACGGCGUCUGUAUUCGCCAUUUGCUGUAUCAUACCUGAUGUACUGGGAUGUGUGUCCACUUUACCGAAGGAUUGCCAAGACGUUUUAAGGUUAGGUGGAAGCGAAAGCGGCGUCUAUACAAUUUAUCCCGAAGGGACUGGAGGUUUUCAGGCGUACUGUGACAUGACUACGGAUGGGGGUGGAUGGACGGUUUUUCAAAGAAGAAUGAAUGGAAAAGUUGACUUUUAUCGAAGUUGGAAAGAAUAUAAGUAUGGAUUUGGUAAUGUUUCGGAGGAACACUGGAUUGGAAACCAAAGGAUUCACCAGAUAAAUUCACAGGGUUGGUAUGAGCUGAGAAUAGACUUGUCAGACUACGAAAACAAUAGCCGAUAUGCACAAUACCAAGUUUUCUCUGUUGGAGAUCAAGAUUCCGGUUAUCGUUUGACCGUUGGAGACUAUAAAGGGAAUGCAGGCGAUUCCUUGUCCUACCACAGUGGAUCUUCUUUUUCCACCAAAGACCGUGAAAGAUUUCAUUGUAACAGUGAUUUUAAAGGAGGUUGGUGGUACAAUCUUUGUCAUUACGCAAACCUUAAUGGACUGUACAAACAGACCUCCCUUGCUAAUGGUGUGAAUUGGCUUCACUGGAGAGGACAUCGAUACUCAUUAAAAACAACGGAAAUGAAGAUCAGAAAACAAUAA